CUUGGUAUAUAUAUAAGUGGUAUAAGCGUCAGCCUUACAGGCCCUGUGUCUACAGAGACAAUCCGACAUCAACUGUUUCAGAUUAUCAAGCUCAGGCGGAUAGAGCAAAGUUUAGGGUUGGAAUUGAUUCUGGGAACACUCAGAUUACACAAAAAAGCUUAACUGAAGGGUGAUGACCAUUGUCUCUAUGUGGGAAACCGUAAAUGAAUGGGAGUAGUGUGGAUUUGAGUGGUUAAAAAACUUAUCAGAUCCGUCCAACACCGUCAUCAUCAUCGUCGUUCUAGUUCACAGAUCCGCGUUUUCAUCGCUGAUUAUCACGUUUUCAUCGCUGAUUAUCAGAGCUCAGUCGAUUCCAGUCAUUCUUCUUCAUCUGAGCUGGUUUGGUUGAAAAUACUGAACUCUAGUUCAUGGGAAAAUGAAUAACAUUUAUCAUCUAGUUCAGCUCAUUCCCAGGGUUUGGUUGUAACAUUUUAGUGUUGUGAUUAUUUUAGAUGGAUAAGGACAAGUCUCCUGCACAUGGUGGAGGUUUACCACCACCAUCAGGCAGGUACUCGAGUCUUUUGCCGACUUACAAUGUGAAGACUGAACCCUCUUCAUCAUCAUCAUUUCCACCAUUGGCCUCUGGUGCUACUGCAGAGCCAGGUCAUUUUGGUCACGGAAUGUCCACUGAAUCUAAUCACUUUAGUCAUGAUAUUAGCCGAAUGCCAGAUUACCCACCAAGGAAAUUGGGUCAUAGACGUGCCCAUUCAGAAAUUGUGACCCUUCCAGAUGAUAUUAGCUUUGAUAGUGACCUUGGUGUUGUGGGUGGUGCCGAUGGUCCUUCAUUUUCAGAUGAGACAGAGGAAGACUUGUUGUCUAUGUACCUUGAUAUGGACAAAUUCAAUUCUUCAUCUGCUACAUCGGACUUUCAAGUGGGUGAACCAUCAGCUUCUGCUGCACCAGCUGCUCCAGCAACAAGAGCGCUCACUAGCUCUACAGAGAAUAUUAGCAUGGGUACUCAUGAGAGACCCAGAGUUAGGCACCAACAUAGCCAAUCAAUGGAUGGAUCAACAACCAUCAAAACAGAGAUGCUGGUGUCGAGCUCAGAAGAGAUGUCUGCAGCUGAUUCCAAGAAAGCCAUGUCAGCUACCAAGCUUUCGGAACUUGCCUUAGUUGAUCCAAAACGUGCAAAGAGGAUCUGGGCAAAUAGGCAGUCAGCUGCAAGGUCAAAGGAAAGGAAGAUGCGGUACAUUGCAGAGCUUGAACAGAAAGUUCAGACCUUGCAAACAGAAGCAACAUCGUUGUCUGCUCAGUUGACUCUCUUGCAGAGAGACACAAAUGGUCUGACUUCUGAAAACAGUGAACUGAAACUGCGCUUGCAAACGAUGGAGCAACAGGUUCACUUACAAGAUGCACUUAAUGAUGCACUCAAAGAGGAAAUUCAGCACCUGAAAGUUCUGACUGGCCAAGCUAUGCCAAAUGGUGGACCUAUGAUGAACUUCGCUUCUUUUGGUGCUGGUCCUAGUGCUGGCCAGCAGUUUUAUCCAAACAAUCAAGCCAUGCACACUCUUCUAACUGCACAGCAAUUUCAACAGCUCCAGAUACAUUCUCAGAAGCAGCAGCAUCAGUUUCAGCAGCAUCUACUGCAUCAACUUCAGCAACAACACAUGCAGCAGCAGCAGCAGCAGCAACAACAACAACAACAAAGUGAGGACUUGAAAACAGGAGCAACCGUGCAGUCUCCAAGUUUAAAUGAUAAUGCUUCAGAGGUCAACCAAACAGUAGCAAAGGAUUGUUAAGAGAAAUUCUCCAGUUGGUCAGAAGUAGUGGGGGUACGUAGUCAGUUCAGGACAAGAGCUUUUCUAAUAAGCAAGCCAAGCUUGAAAUCGCAGAAAUACACACCUGAAUUGGAACAUUUGGUUCGUUUUCGAUCCGUAUUUGUUCUUCAAUUUGUUGUUUGAUGGAUUAGUUGUCAAGUUAGAAUAAGUGACUUUCUAACCUGUGUGAAUAAUUGCUCUGUUUUUGUUUCUUUUACUGUUUUAUUUGGCAUGGUUUCAUCUCUUAAGCCACCUCUUAAGAGGAAGGUUAGGUAGGGCAAAGAAAUCUGAAGAGGAAGGGAAUUCUAUGUUGAGAAUGGGAUGAUUGAUUCGUGAUAUUGUAUCUGUACGAAAAUUCGUGCUCCUGUUUAUCAUAUUCUAUAUCAUGUACCCUUAUUAUUUAAAGGAGUAUUAACAGUAGACUUAAAAUGAAAGGACAGUAUAUAACCAAAACAUGUAUAGCAUUCCCUCAUAGCACAGAUUACAAUUCUAAUAUAUUUCACAGCUCUUCGAUGGAUGUAAAGAUUGGCUGUGAAGUUUUAGAUUGAACUGCUACUUUUUAUGGUUAUGAAUGAUGGUGGAAGUUGCAACUUUA